GAUGUUUCUGGAAUUGGCAGGUGACGCGUCGAACUUCCCCCUAUAGCUGAUAUAAAAGAGGGGGGAAGGGGAGGACGGGGAAUAAGCACACAAGCCAACCCACAGCUUGACGAUGAUGUUCGUGAUAGACCCCCGGCCCCGCUACGAGUAUCACACGCCAUACACCGCCUCCUUGUCCCGCGACCACUACCUCGGUGCAGCACUUGCCCAGGCAGAGGAAGCGAGACGCGCAAUGGAGGCACGUGCCCGGAGACAACAGGAGUACCGCCAACUGCUUCAGAGACAAGCAUUUCUCGAUGCUCUGCCCAUACAAAUGCCUGGAGCGCUAGAACUCGAUGACACGUACGAAUCCCCACUUUCAUCCACCGCCACGGGACAGGGAUACCCCUGGCACGCCCCUACCUAUUUUAAUUGGGGACCUAUUGACCACAAUUGCGGCAACCCAUACUUUGGACAGGGCAACUGCCCCUAUGCUCAGAAUUCGGCAGAGCUCCACGCAAGGGAAAGGGAGGACGGAUUCAGCAUGAAGGAGACACUGCCUUCGCAGUCUCAUCGCUAUCGAUUCACUACAACCAAUCCCAACCCCCGAACGUCCACUUCGUGUCCAAUCUCGACCCCUAAUAAAGAUCUCGAAACGAAAGGGAAAUCGAAACAAGUCGGCGCAAACGCACCCUCUCCUGCAAACGAACUGGAGUCUGCCAGUGAAUUUGGAACAGAUUCCGAGGUUGAACGCGCCACAGAUCCGCGCGCUCUUCAAAAAUCGAUAUCCAGAAUCGCAGAGAUCGAAACAUCCUUCGAGAAGCUCGAGAAUGAGUUUGUGUUCCCCGACGAACUCGACUUCGAACCUUCCUCGUUACCGGAGCUGAAGCUUGCCUACACCUCACGGAAUGCGCCUGUGCGAUACUACGAUCAUGCAUUGCAAGAGCUGUUGUCAGAGCUGGACACUGUUGCAUCGUAUGGUUCGGCGAGGGUGAGGGAAGCUAGGAGGGCGAUUGUCAACAGAGUGGAGAGGGCGUUAGAAAGGUUGGAAGAAGAAAUUGAGAGGAAGAAAGAGGUCGCCACUUGGAAAAUAAGCAAAGCUGCGAAUGAUGUAGCGUCAUUGGAAGAGCGAGAGGGCGAGGAGGGUGACGAAGUUAUUGAAGGCGGAAGUCUGAAGAUGAACGAUGAGAUGACAAGUGGCCCGACGGAGUCAGAGUCAGCAGCUGCUGGCGAUACUGACAAGGCGAAAGAAGAAAAGCGCGACGACGGAAUGGAGAAGGGCGAGCCACUGACAGAGAGGCACGACGAGCUGGAUAUAGGAGACGCACCGGACACGGACAUGGUUGAACCGGCAACUAUUCCAACCCAUUCUACUUCCGCACACGAGACAGGUACAAUGAUGGAGCCAGUGUCGCCGGAUGUAGAGACUGUCGCAGCCUCGGUGACGACCAACGGUCAGGUUGACGCGGCAUGCACCCCAGAUGAAGUCGCCAUCACUUCUUCGUUGCGAUUUAUACCGACGAGUCCUUCCGUGGAGGUUGGAAGUCAAUCAUUGUCAUCGUCACCGCCGUCGCCGACGACCGCGUCCUCAGCAUCGACUAGUUCAGACGUGGCAGAGGACGCCCUACUUGUCGAAAUGCCCGACAACGAGCUCGAACAAGACGAGGAUGCCUGGGUUGAUGUAGAAGCAUAGCGCUGUUCCCACGUCACAUAUGUACCUCACUCCCAAGUGAUCUUCGAGUUUUCUGUCAAAUGUACACUAUUAGUAGAUGAUA